CCACGAUAUCACAAAAGGGGCAUUUAUUUUCGACUUCCCCAUGCAAGAUUCGGUAGAAAGAGUCUGAUCUGCAGGCGGGAUUAGACGCGAGAGAAACCUGGGCUCAGCGUUAAUUUCGGCUGUAUAUGGAGCUGAGACAAAACGACAAGAGCGCAUUGAGGAGUCGCUUUUUUCAGGCAUUUUCUGUGGAUUUUUCACGUUCCACGCACGAUUAAGUGCAACUGAUGAGAUGGGAACAGAAAAGUGUCCACGUUUUGUUUCCGGUGAAACACCUCGGAAAUCUGCUUCGUCUUGACACCGUCUACACGGCACACGCUCCUGCCGCCUGCUGCUAGCACCUGCAACGUUGCAUUCCUCAACGCCAUUGCGUCUUCAUGAAACGUCUCCCUUUUCUCAACGCGUGCAUUUCACCCUGUUAUUUUCUCGUUGAGUUUUUUUGAAAGCUCUUGAUACUCUGAGGGAAAUCGUCGUGCUAGAGAAGCGGCUUGUCUUUCUGUCGGAAGGCAGGGAACAGGACUGCGUUUCAGGGUUCCACGGAUCCGAGGCCGCAUUCGGAGACCACAUUCGUGCACACCUGUUCAGGCGAUGUUGAGACGACAUAUCGGGUGUUUUCUUAUCCCUCUCGUCGAGCUCCACCACCUCGUCUGUAGUCGUCCUCUGUCACCGCCUCUCGUGCGAAAAACGUGGUAUUUUCCACAUAUACAAGCCCCCGGGUUCCUCUCCAAACGCAUGUUCCAAAUGUCACUUACCGCAGAAGAGCCGAAGCCAGCCGUCGAGGCCCGAGCCGCAGGGUUUCUCGUUUACAAGAUCGACGAGAAUGCCAAGGCAAACGAAGCUAACAAAGUUCAGUUUCUCAUGAUGAGAGCGUCCUACGAACCGUUCCACUGGACUCCGCCGAAAGGCCAUGUGGAUGGCACCGAGAAACCACUAGAGACAGCGUUGCGAGAGACAGAAGAAGAAACGGGAUUUGCCGAAUGUGAUCUCGUCGUCGACUCCCAGUUCGAAAGAAGGCUUCAUUACGUCGCUCGAGGGAAGCAGAAGGAGACAAUUUAUUUUCUCGCACGUCUCCAAGACCCUUUCAAGGAUGCCACUCUGUCUGAUGAGCACACCGAAGCGCGGUGGGUGAAUGCGGAAGAGGCUGUCGCCCUUGGCGGCUUCGCAGACAUGGCGAGUGUCCUGCGAGAAGCAGAUGCGUUCAUUCGAGCUUCAUUGAAAAGCAAAGAGUUGCGAGAACGUGAAGAAAUGUAAAGUUCGCCUUCUCUGCCGUCGUACCCUGAUACAGAACCUCUUGACCUCUAGGCGUUUCACUGUGCCCGAGUUUCUGUUCUUUUUUUCCUCUUCCCCUCGCACACUUGAGAGUGGCAGGGUGCCUCAGAGAGAGACCAUUGCCCCUGUGGAACAACCUUGAUGUCGCAGAAUCUUGAAAUCCGCGACAGGUUUAAAUCUGUAACAGGCUGGUCUGCCAGGUCCGAGUUCUACGGCGGUUUCGUGACCAUUCAGCAUGAGCGUAUUUCUCGUUUCGUUCUCGUAUCUCCGCCGCUGUGUCUUUCAGAGCCUGCCUGAAGGAAACGACGUAUCCACGUUUUUGCCCACUUUUCCUGGUUCUCUGUCGCAUGCAGACGACUUCGGACUUCGAUUGUCUUUCUCGAGUGUGGAGAGAACGCGUGUGAACUCAGAUUUCUGUGAUUCACCUUGCCUUUUUUCUACCGUCUUUCUGCAGAAUCAC